GGAAUAUAUUCAACAAAUGACUGGAGAUUCUUUGGAACAGAAGCUAACCAAGGUUGCUAAAGAGCAUCAUGUUUCAACAUGGAUAGAUGUUAACCAAACACAGAACAAUGCUAUAGCCUUGUUUGAAGCCGCAGCAACUGGGGAUGUUAAAAAAGUUUUUCAGUAUAAUAACGCUAAUUACCAAGACAAGAAUGGGUUUACUGCUUUAACAAGAGCAAUAGUAUUCAACCAGUUUGAUGCAGCUAGAGAACUUUGUACCAGAAGGCCUGCCUUGAGAAAAAUAGGAGACAACUGCAAUCGUUAUCCACUACAUUAUGCCUAUGCAUUACCCAAGGAGCAAGGUGAACAGUUUAUCAAAGUAAUUUUAGAGAAAGAUGCUAACGAGAUUGAAAACAGGGUAGAUAAAGAUGGAAGGGUAGCAGCUGAUUAUGCAGAAUUACGAGAAACAAAGGAGAUAAAACAAAUGUUGUACGAUGCUAGAACACUUGACUUGUUUGGAAAGAGAGGACGACCAUUAGGUCCGUGGCCAAAGGGUGCUGACCAUAUUCCUCCGACAGAACAAUAAAUGUUUAAACAAGAGUGAUGACGGAGUUUGAGAAAUGUUCAAAACAUUUGUUUCACAAUAUUCUAUAGAUAAAUCAUAGUCAACGUUAAAAAAUACAACUCGUGGUUCAGAAAAAUACAAGAGUACACGAGUGAAUAUUACAAGGACUGAAAAAUUGUAUUUUUCAAACAAAGAAAACAAAGAUUUUUUUCUAUGUAAUCUAAUAGUAGGAACAGUUGUCUUCGGAAAAGCUUCGAAGGAAUUUAUAUUUUUACUGUCAAGAGAUGUCAGAAAAUAUUGAGAGAUUAUUUUACUUUAUAUAUGUUUCAUGUACAACAAAAUACUUGUUAUUUAUGAUGAUGAUAUAAAUUUCGAAUGUUAGGAUAGCAGAUCUGUGAUAGUAUGUAACAGGGGGAAUACAUUCAUCUUUACUUAAGCUCACAUUGUGUUUUAUUAUAACUUGCUAAACACAACUAUGUUAUUUCUUGUUAAAUGUAUACACAAUAAACGUAUUUUUUACAAC